AAUAACAUGACAUCAACGCCCCAGAAAAGACGUCGAAUGCAGAGCCAAGAUAGAUUACCUGACCCUGAUGCAACGCCCCGGCCAGGAGCUCGCAGCAUCCCAAGUUCUGCUGCUUCAAUCUCGGGUUCUGAGGCCAGUUCUAUAUCGAGAUCAUCAUCGGGGAAAGGACAGAUGAUGAGACUGCGAAUGAGCGGCGCAGGUGUUGAAACUCAAUCACUACGCGAGUAUUCAGUACCUGCAGUUGCGAAGCCGUUAUUUCUUACCAUGGCAGAAAUCGAACGAGGUCUGAAUAUUCUACCAGCUGCCUUAAGAAAUAGUAUUAGGGAUGAUCAAGGGCUCUCCCAGGAUGACUUCGAGAGACAAUGGCAGUAUUCUUUCAAGUCUGUCAACAAGCCUGAUAAUCUACCCGGCCGUAUCCCAUCUAUUGCUCAAAUCAAAAUUAUCUUGGCCAGAGCUACUGAAUGUGAGAAUGGCAAGCUUGACGAGGCCAGUUGGAAUACUAUGGUUCACUGGCCCUUGCUUCGACUUAUAUUUGAGGACAACCUUGGUAAACAGUGCAGCGACUUUAACGCCAUACCUUGUACCACAGCUCGACCACAUCGGGCGUAUACACCAGGUUUGUCUUCCGCUAGGAUGAUUGAUCUUUGCAUUUACGCUACACUUAGCCAAUAUCCGGAAUUAUACACAGCUAUAAAAGCGUUUAGCAGUACCACGGCUACCUAUUCCGUUAAUCACACUGAUUAUUACGGACUCCAAUUUCUCCCUCUUAUCAUCAGUAUCGAGACCGGGGGUGGGGAAUGGGAUUGGGCGCAGACACAAAUGGGCGUCUGGCAUGCUGCACAGUGGAAUUUUCUUCGAUCGGGUGUUGAACAGAAGCUUCAAACACAGCGUCCCGCCCAAGAUCAUGAAACCUUCAAAGCAGAAACGCUUAGUGCGCUAUCAAAGCUUGGUUUUAUCCCAGGGAUUGUUGUGAGCGGAAGUCAAUGGCAUUUAGUGAUUUCUACAUACGAUGACGGAAAGACUACGUUAUGGGCAGAGUGGAGAUUUGGUGUAACCAAGAGCUUGAUGAAAACUUUUGCUGUGAUUGCUGGUGUUCGGGAGCUAACAGCCUGGGGGAGAGAUCAAUAUCUACCAUGGUUUAAAGAGAAUGUCUUGACG